GUAUCAUUGGCAACGCUGCCACAAUUGAUCGCCACGCCUCUCAAAGGUUCUUUUGUCCGUCCUAUCUCUUGCAUUCCUUCUGAUUGUAUCUCUCCUCGCCGCGUCAUGAGAGACUGCAGAGUCGAGGACUGCAUUUCUAAAGGAUUCUCGACACCUAUCCUCACCACCCUCUGCCAAAAUGGUGCUCGACAAUGACACUCGUGGAUGGAUCAUGACAUGCAUCAGUGGCGUUGCAUGCAUAUUUGGAGCCUCCAUCAUCUGCGUUGAUCUUGUGGUCCGUCACAUUCCACGAUAUCGAGAUUUCUCUAUCAGUGAAAGUGAUGUCUUUCUCUCCGCAUCCCUAAGUCUCAGCUUUGGAGUUAUGGUAUUAACCUUACCCUUGAUCUAUACUGCCUCAGAGGUGAUGAGAGCUGACAUGUCGUCUAGCUAUUUUCGUCACUCUACUCCAUGCUUCCGCAGUCCAAAGCCUACCUCGAAGAUGCGGGAUACUCUCCUCGGGCUGCGUCUUAUCUUCUUAUCGGUUUAUUCCUUGCUGGUGUAGUCGGCAUUCAAAUCCUGUCCCGAGCCAUGCACAGAUUUAUACCCUCUCACGUUGUUGACUGCGACCACAACCACGAAGAUCAAGAGGUGGACCAGAAAGCUCCAGAGGAGAUGUCUGACCACGAUCCGAACGAUGAGCACACCAAUGGCCUCCCUAUCUGCAAGCGAAACACAAUUGGUGGAAAGAACUGUGAUGAGGAGACUCCCCUUCUGGCUCGCACUACAAGUUUUGGGGGUUCCCAGCCAGCUGAGACCAGAGAUGUUGAAAGAGAUGCCGAUAACAGCCAAUCCUUUGUUACUGCACCCUCGUCACGACGACCUACAAUGAUUACUCGUACCCUAACACGCACUAUUUCUCGCUAUGUCGGCACCCACAAGGAAAAUUGCGACGAGAGUGGACCCUGCAUGGGUUUCUCGGACCCAUGUGGUCAGGAUUGUUUCAAGGCUGCACAAAGACGGGCAACCAUUUUACCUGGGCACGGGGGCCCUUUCAUGCGAUCUUCGACCUGGCGGUCCCCAGCUGAGGUGCAUGUUGAGGCACCUGGUGAAGAGGAGGAGGGUCGCAACGAGAGCAAUGAUACAACCCUUGCUCGUCACCACACCCAUGAUAGUAUUCAACAUCAGACGACGAGGCCCAGGUCCAUUACCCACCACCGACAUCAUCCUGAUCAUAGUCACAAUCAUGAGCACCAGCAUCCGCAUGAAAUAGCCCAACGUCGGCUUUCUGAGUAUUCGGCCUCUCAAGGUCGUGAACACCAUCAUCAUGUUCCCACCAAUGCCUUCAUGUCCAUUGGCCUACAGACGUCGUUGGCCAUCUCUUUACACAAGGCACCCGAAGGCUUUAUUACCUAUGCUACCAACCAUGCAAACCCGACAUUGGGCUUUGCUGUCUUCAUGGCUCUAUUUAUUCACAACAUUACUGAAGGCUUUGCCAUGUCGCUGCCACUAUACCUGGCUCUUGGCUCGCGACCCAAAGCCAUCGCGUGGUCAUCCUUCCUAGGUGGUGCAUCUCAGCCUCUUGGCGCCGGAGUCGCCGCCCUCUGGUUCAAGUUGGCCAACAAGAGCAGCCUAGGUGGUCCCACCGAGGCCGUGUAUGGGUUCAUGUUCGCAUGUGUCAGCGGCAUUAUGUGCUAUGUCGGCCUUGGGCUCUUUGCCGAAAGCCUGCAGCUGAGCCACAAUAAGCAAACUUGUAUUGUUUUUGCGUUCAUUGGCAUGGCAAUUCUGGGAAUCAGUUCUGGUCUAACGGCGAAAUGAUGUUUUGAGCAUGGAGUUGCGGAUGGUGCAUUGGUGCGGUCACGUCACUUCUACCACUGUAUGUAGGCCUGCAUGGCCUCGGAACCGAUGUAUAGCAAAAGCCCUCAAGCAGGAGCACCCAGUCAGUAGACAACGUUACUACUCUGCAGUAAGUUGAAUAUACAUGUAGCUUGUAAUCUUGCCAGCUUAGAGCGACACCAGCUACACAUAGAUCUCUCUACAAGACUGAAGACCAAUGGUACAAGAGAGAGUACUUGGUGGCCAGGGAGGAGUGCAGAGUACCCGAUACUGUGACUAAUUGACCUAAGUAUCUUUGUAUCGUAGGUGAUG